ACAUUUUUUCUCUUUUUUUUCUUGAAACCUUUUUUGGACGCAGGUUUGCAUCCAAACUCAGCGGGGAAGUAAAUAUUUCUGUUUUUGUUGACUGUUCAACCGCCAACUAGCAACCGCAGCGAGUCAAGUGGGAACUCUUCACUGCAAUUAACUUGUGUGGAUUUGUCUCUGAUGCGCCGACUGAGAGCCGACAGUUUGCGGCUGUCUGUUGACGGUCUACUGGCCUGAAUUUCUUGCUCAUUUGUUUGUUUGGUCGUCUCUCUGUACUCGGAAUACAUCGGAUCCUACACAAAAUAUACCCCGGAGUGAUUGAGGUUGCUCCAGCCUUUUCAUUUCUCACCUGGUUCAUACCCUCUUCCUCCUCCCCCUUCGUUUAGUUGCCUCCAGCUAAUGAGCCGUUUCCCGUGCUUUUCCGGUUGAUUUACGGCCGCGCUGCCGGUGGAGCGGAGGAGAGACAACGACCGAAAGACAGCGAGAGACAGAGAAGAGCAGGGAUUCACAUUAAACGGUCGGUGAACUCGAACGGAGCGGGGGGCUGUCGGUUUUGUUUGAAAUUAACGACAGUUGGUCCUAAUAAUAACGGCGGAUGGAUUCGUCUCCCUGAUCUGGAGCACCUCACAUCCUUAUUGUACCCUAGUGGAUCCCUCGAAACGGGGUUUUAAGAAGGAAACCGUUGUAUCCUCCCGGAGAUAACAAUGUUUCCCCAGGGGCGACACCCGACGCCCCACCAGGCUCCAGGCCAGCCCUUCAAGUUCACCAUCCCAGAGUCACUGGACCGCAUCAAGGAGGAGUUCCAGUUUCUUCAGGCACAGUACCACAGUCUCAAACUGGAGUGUGAGAAGCUGGCCAGUGAAAAGACGGAGAUGCAGAGACACUAUGUCAUGUACUAUGAGAUGUCUUAUGGCCUAAACAUCGAAAUGCACAAACAGACUGAGAUAGCCAAGAGACUAAACACCAUCUGUGCACAAGUCAUUCCCUUCCUCUCUCAGGAGCAUCAGCAGCAAGUGGUCCAAGCUGUGGAGCGGGCCAAACAAGUGACCAUGGCAGAGCUCAAUGCCGUCAUCGGGGUACGUGGACUGCCAGGUCUUCCACCUACACAGCAGCAUCUAUCCCAUAACCAUGGUGGUGCCCCAGUGCCCCUCACCCCUCACCCUGCUGGUCUCCACCCCUCUCAGCUGGGUGGUUCAGCUGGCCUCCUGGCUCUUUCAGGAGCACUUGGUGCUGUUCCUCCCCAUCUGGUGGGAAAAGACGGUGGUGAUAAAAAGCCCCACCUGUCCGGACCAGACGCACACACUGGAGGACCUGAGCACCUGAGAGAGCGAGAGCCUGGCACAAGUAACUCAUUGCUGCCAGAAAGUCUUAGGAACUCAGAUAAGCGUCGCAACGGACCUGAGUUUCCGAACGACACAAAGAAACGCAAGGCAGAUGACAAGGACUCCAGCCACUAUGAUAGCGACGGGGAGAAAAGUGAUGAUAAUUUAGUGGUGGAUGUCUCAAAUGAGGAUCCAGCCUCUCCUCGUGGCACACCUCUCCCCUCACCUAGAGAGAAUGGCCUGGAUAAAGCACGUCUUCUCAAGAAAGACCCCUGUAGUCCAGCCUCUACUGCAUCAUCAGCUAGCUCCUCCUCCCUCAAGUCCAAAGAGAUGGCAAUGCGAGAUAAGGCAGGCACACCUGGGCUAAAGUCAAGCACCCCCACACCUAGAGGUGACUCCACCCCUGGUCCGAGCUCCACACCUGGAAUUCGGCCAAGUCUGUCCAAACCCCCCUCCAUGGAGAUACCACAUCCACCUACUGCAGGUUUGCGGACACCCCUUGCUGUACCAGGCCCAUACCCGGGUGCAUUUGGCAUGUUGCCCCAUGCAGCAGGUAUGAAUGGGGAGCUGGCGGGUGCAGCCGGGGCUGCGGCCUAUGCUGCUGGACUACACAACAUGUCACCUCAGAUGAGUGCUGCUGCUGCGGCCGCUGUGGCCGCAUAUGGCCGUUCACCCAUGGUUGGUUUUGAUCCUCAUCCUCAUAUGCGAGUUCCUGGAAUGCCUCCCAGUCUGACAGGAAUUCCCGGCGGCAAACCUGCCUACUCUUUUCAUGUGGCGGCCGACGGACAGAUGCAGCCGGUGCCAUUCCCCCCGGAUGCUUUGGUGGGCCCAGGGAUCCCUCGCCAUGCCCGUCAGAUCAACACACUGAACCAUGGAGAGGUGGUGUGCGCUGUUACCAUCAGUAAUCCCACCCGACACGUUUACACAGGAGGGAAGGGAUGCGUCAAGGUCUGGGACAUUAGUCACCCAGGAAACAAGAGCCCCGUGUCACAGCUUGACUGUCUGAACCGAGACAACUACAUCCGCUCCUGUCGCCUCCUCCCUGAUGGUCGAACAUUAAUAGUGGGAGGUGAGGCGAGUACGUUGUCAAUCUGGGAUUUGGCCACGCCUACUCCCAGGAUCAAGGCAGAGUUAACAUCAUCAGCACCAGCAUGCUAUGCUCUGGCCAUCAGUCCAGACUCCAAAGUCUGCUUCUCCUGCUGCAGUGAUGGUAACAUCGCAGUCUGGGAUUUACACAACCAGACACUUGUCAGGCAGUUCCAGGGCCACACAGAUGGAGCCAGCUGUAUUGACAUCUCCAACGAUGGCACCAAGCUGUGGACCGGAGGCCUCGAUAACACUGUCCGCUCCUGGGAUCUGAGAGAGGGACGGCAGCUGCAGCAGCAUGACUUUACAUCACAGAUCUUCUCUCUUGGCUACUGUCCGACAGGAGAGUGGCUGGCUGUGGGAAUGGAAAGCAGCAACGUUGAGGUCCUUCAUGUCACCAAGCCUGACAAAUACCAGCUUCAUCUACAUGAGAGCUGUGUACUCUCACUGCAGUUUGCAUAUUGUGGUAAAUGGUUUGUGAGCACAGGAAAGGAUAAUUUACUGAAUGCAUGGAGAACACCGUAUGGAGCCAGCAUAUUCCAGUCUAAAGAAUCAUCCUCGGUGCUAAGCUGUGACAUAUCUGUGGACGAUAAGUACAUCGUCACAGGUUCAGGGGACAAGAAGGCCACUGUCUACGAGGUCAUCUACUAAAUAUAUGAAAAGAAACCAAGGACAUCUGUUUUUUCUCCACAUACACUGAUAUGUUUCUAGAAAUUUUCACAUGGAGCCAGAUAUUGCAGAGUGACCUUGAUGGCACAUCAUUUUUUCUGUUACACCUGCCGAGGAGACACAAGAAGGAGAGAAGCAUUUUACUGCACAUUUGUGUUGUGCCUGUAUACAUGACUCCAUAUCAACUGGGAGCUAUCAACUGGAGAGGCUGUAUGUUAAUGGAAGGACAGGAACUAUUAUUUGGAUCUUCUUGUCGCUACUGCUUUCUGCUAUGGACUGCAUUGGGAUCAGUUAAAGGGACCAGACAAUGACUGUACUGAAGGGGGCUCUGCAUUGUUUUGACUGGAACCAGCCCUACUGGAAAACACUGUACUGAACAUCAGAUAUUAAAACACUUGAUCCAGUGUUACGACCACGGGCCAGACCCUAGAACGAACACUCAGACCAGAGGACCAGGGGGUUGAAUGUGUAAACAAAUGGCAGAUGGAAAGAGCAGAAGGUGGACAGAAUUGGACAUAAUUUUGGAGAGACAAAGGAGGAGAAGCAACAGAAGAGGAACAGAUAGAUGAACAUUUUAUAGACUAUGAAUGCAGAACAUGUUGCUUUGCAUUUUGUUCUAGACAGAUAAUGCUCACAGCCUGUUUAUCUCUCAGCUCUGACUCUUUGACCUUAAAACGUCAGCUUUCUGUUCUGAUACGCCUACACUGUCUGAAAAGUACCUUUUCUGUCUUAACAGUAAGUCCAAUCCUCACUAACUGCACUGUAGUGGUAGCUGUCCACCUACACACUUUGUAGACACACAGUACUUAUAAAACAUGCAUACAGUACUUUUUAAGCAUACUGAAGGCCUCGUUGACUAGCAUCAUGCUACUGUUAACUUCUGUGAUGGGUUUAUUUGAUCCUCAUGAGGCACAGUACUUUUUCUGAAAUCAUACCCAUUUCAGGUGCCACCAAAAAGAUUUUAAAGUCCUCUGUUAUAUGGAUAAAAAUUAACUUAUCAAACCAAAUAAGCUUCAGAAACAGAAAAAUACACUCUAAAUGUUGUUACAGAAGGCUUAACUCCGGGUCAGAAAAAAGGCGGCUUGUUUUCUUCUUUUUUUUUCUCCUCUAUUCCUUAUGAUGCUGGUUGAAAAGCCAAUUAUUGGAACCUGGAAGAAAAAAGUUUGAGAGAUAGAAUUAACCCUCGAAUUCCAUUGGUUCUCCUUUUCUAGUGUCUGUUUCAACAGAUAAUUUCCCUACUUAACUCCACAAAUUCUGAAGUCUCCAGAAUAUUGACAGAAAUUUUGAAGUGGUUUCGAAACACGGAGAAAGAAAAGGGGGAACAACAUGAGCCUUCAUAGUGUAACUUUUUUUGUUCAUUUCUUGGCCCUUACACUCUGUUCUUCAGCAUUAGUGUUUGUCAUCAACUGCACAUGCUGAUGGGAUUUCACACUACUGAAUUAACAUCUCAGAGACUCUGAAAAUAGUUUCAGGUUUACAGAUUGCUUUUUCAUUUUAAUGCAUUUCAUUUGUUUGUGAUCUCUUUUACAAUAAGCUCACUGGUUGAGGUCAUAUUAAUUAACAAGAAUGGUCUCAAAUUAAUUAUUUUCCCUUAAUUUGAAAUUAAAUAACAACCCUUUGGUUACUGUCUUAACUGUUGUAAAUUCACCUUGACCCUGCCUUUAUCACUCUUUGAAACACAUGAUGUCUUACUGUAUGGAUGGUUAACCACGCUUCAUAUACAGGGACCAACUAAGACUAUCUUAACAUGUCAUUUAAUCUUGUAUUUAUUGAAAAUCCUAUGUGAACAACUGAAAAAUCCCCUGUACCAUAUUCACUAAACAAAUUACAUUUUUUCCACAUAUUGUCACUUGUUAAAGUUUUGUUCAGAGACUGAGACUGUCUAAAUGCCCUUGAAAAGUAAAAUGUUUUUUUCCACUUUACAAAAAAGAUUUUAGGACUGCAAAUGGGAUUAAAUUAUUUGUCAAGAUUGUCUUAAUGAGGAGGGUAGCGUGGGUACAGGAAGGAAUCAGUCAGUGUCAGCCAUUUAAAACAAAUUAAUUUCAUGACUUUGUGCUUAGUUUUUUUUUUUUUUUAUCUAUUUUUG